AUGCGUCUGAUGCUUGGCCAAGAGCGAUCCUCGAAAGGCAGUAUUCGAACAUUAGGCACAAUAGAAGCUCUUCUGCUAAUCUCUGAAUGGCAUCCGAGAUCACUUCAUUUCCCACCUGAGAGCGAUGCAUGGGAUUCAGAUAUAGAUGUCGGUGGAACGACAACCCCGAGCCAGCCCGAGUCAUCUUCGAAUCAAUGGCUACAAGAUGUGAUUGAGCCUGCUAGACGCUCAGAUCAAAUGUCCUGGAUGCUUCUCGGAUCUGCAUUCUCUCUUGCUCAUGAACUCUGUAUCUUUGAGCCGGAAGAACGCAUUCCGCAUCCCUCACAUCAGCCCAUUCCAAAUUUAGUUUCUCAUAAUAAAGUACGCAAGCAACGUGUUCAACAACUACUCUACGUCUAUAUCAAUCAGCUUUCUUCACGAAUAGGAUGUAUGUCCUUGAUGCCGCAGAACCUCAGCCGCGUCAUCGGCAAUUUACAGCACGUGUUUGAUGACAACUCUGAGUGGUCAACAUUCAUGGAUUCAUGGAUGGAUCUUACGAAGCUCACCAGAUCCGUCAAUGACAUGCUAUUUCCAUCUGCAUCCUUCGCAAAACAGCAAAUUCACAGCGGGCGCUAUAUAGGACUACUCGACCAUUUCCGCCCGUUGCUGACACAGUGGCGUGCUCGCCAUCUUGAUUCUCCUGUUGGACUAAGCGCAAAUUUUGUCAACAUUCUCCAUAUUGAGUAUCAUUACGUGCGAGUAUACACACAUUCAUUCGGAAUGCAAGCCGUUGUUGAGCGCAUUCUAGCAGAUUCCUCAACAAACCCCGUGUCCAGCAACAACAACAACACUGUCGACCCGACAUCAACAGCACAAGCCACCACCACGGAAAUCAAUCUAGACCCGAUUGACCACGAGUUCAUCGAAGAAGUCAUAGAUGGAUCCUGUCAAAUCCUGAAAAAGGUAAUAGAACUAGCCCAAGCAGACAAACUGCGUUUUUCGCCCGUUCGCAUCUUCCUCCGCGUUACAAGCUCCUCAAUCUUCCUCCUCAAAGCAUUAAGUUUGGGUGUACGACAUACAAAAUUACAAGAAUCCUUCGACAUCCUCGAGAGGAGCAUACAGGCGCUUAGAUCCAACAUCCUGGAUGACGUGCAUCUCGCUUCGAGAUACGCCAUUUUGCUUGAAGUUCAUCUUUCGAGAUUGCGCCGAAAUAUGGUUGCCUCGUCAUCGUCUUCUUCAACGAUGGCCCCCAAGGUCGUCGGUGGCAUUGGUGGCCCCAUUACUGCUGCCGCAGGAGGAGGCGGGGCAUCUUUGUCAGGUCGUAAUAGCACGCGGCAAUCUUCUACACAACCUCUAUUGUUCAGGGGUGGGGACAUGGGCGUUGAGGGUCUUCGGAACUAUGGCAUCAAUAACAAUAGUAAUGACAAUAUGUCAGAGGAUGCUGUGAUAGCAGCCUCAUCGUCUUCUUCGAUAGUCAAUGAAGACUCACUUCCUGUUGUCAAUGAUAACGACUGGUUAUUCUCGCUUCCAUUUGAUCCGUCAAUGGCGCCCUUUGGACCCGGUGGUGGGCAACUGUCAGGCUUUGAUGGAGGGACAUUGGACUUUCUGUGGAAUCUACCUGAAUAG